GAACGUCUACCCUUUACUUCGCCGCUGCUAACGUAUCGACCCAGACCUAGAACACAGAAAAUCGACCAAACUAGUCUGUGGCAUGUCUACCGUGCUGUCAGUGUCUAGGCUGACAAGGCAACGUGCAACAAAUUAAAGCAGGUCAGCAAGUUCACAUCGCGCUGUAAAGGAAUUUCAUUUCGAAUUCAACAACAGCUGCGAAAUGAGUGCGAAUAAAAUCUUUCUGCGUUAUUAUCCGCCAGGUCUGGCUUUGAAUUAUCGUUCAGCGGAUGGCACAGAACGACUGCGACACUUUGAUUUGCUCGAUCUGAAUACCAAAACAAAUGUGGAGGCAUUGGCUGAUAGCAUUCUGCUGCAGGAAUUACAGGCUGCGGAAUCAGAACACAACCCAAAUGAUUCUGCAGAUGACAAGUCCGCUCCCUGCGUGCCGAGCAACUCACAGACGUCUAGUUCGCAGAACACAUUCAGUGCACUGAAGCAGGCGAUAAACAAGCUGCAAAACAAACUGCGCGAACCGGUCAAGAAAAAGUUCUAUCUACACAAAUGCUACAACUCGCACAUCCUGCCGCUGACCAAUGUUUGCUUUGAUCGCAGUGGCGAACACUGUUUGACGGGCAGCUAUGAUCGCACCUGUCAUGUAAUUAACACCAGCGACGCCGAGGUGCAUCACAUGCUCACGGGCCAUGACAAUGUGGUCUUCUCUGUGGCCUACAAUACGCCACGCUGCGACAAGAUUGUGACGGGCUCUUUUGACGGCACAGCGAAGAUCUGGUCAGCGAGCAGUGGCCAAUGCCUGAGCACCAUGUACGGACAUGCAGCUGAAGUUGUGGCCGCCGAAUUUCAUCCGUUGCACGACCAGACUGUGGCAACGGCCUCCAUCGAUGGCAAGGCACGCAUCUUUGAUGCAGAAACUGCACAGGAAUUGCAGCUACUAGCCCAUCAUGGAGCCGAGGUGAUUGUAGCGCGUUAUUCCCGCGAUGGACAACUAUUGCUAACAGGCUCGUUUGAUCACACAGCCGGCAUUUGGGAUGUGCGAACGAAGAGUUGCUGUCAUCAGUUGCGAGGACACUCAGCUGAGCUGUCGAAUUGUGUGUGGAGUUUCGGCGGCUCGUUGAUUGCCACCGGCAGUCUGGACCGCACAGCACGCAUCUGGGAUAUGCGUCGCUUGGACCAGGAGCUGCAUUUGGUAUCCAACCACAGUGAUGAGGUGCUCGAUGUUAGCUUCGAUGCAGCGGGCAAGUUGCUGGCCACCUGCAGCAGCGAUUGCACUGCGCGUGUCUGGAGUCUCGAGCCUCUCGAGAUGCUCUCGUUGAUGGCCGGCCAUAGUGAUGAGGUGAACAAGGUGUGUUUCAGUCCCAGCGGUUGCAUGCUGCUCACCGCUUCCGCUGACAAUACUGCACGCCUCUGGCUCACCGAGACCGGACAAUGCUCUCAGGUGCUGUCGGGUCACGAGUCCGAAGUCUUUAGUUGUGCCUACAGCUAUGCGGGCGAUGCAAUUUUAACAGCCUCUAAGGACAACACGUGUCGUGUCUGGAGGUGAUACGAUUGGUAUACGGUGCAGCUAAAUGAUUGAACGCCAAAAUGGAACGGAAAAUGCUUAUCAACUUUUGGGUUUUUUUUUUGUUUUUUUUUUUAUCAACAUUUACUACAAACUCGGGCGUUAUUUUUGUUUCGUUUUGUUUGCUUUAAGUUUCGUCUUACAAAUUAAUAGUUUUUGCUUUUCAUUACAGUUUUUGUAUUUCAUUUGUUUUCGUUUCUUGUGGUUUUUGUUUUGUUUUGUUUUGUUUAAAUCGGAUAUCUCAUAUACAUACAAUAUAUAAAAAUAAUGAACAAAAAUGAUUCUUCAGUAACAAACAUUAUACAGCUUAGAAAAUUCCUCUUCAUGGCGGAAUCAAUAUUAAUACACUGUUCGAUAAUCAAAUAAAAAAAUCAUUACUUUUACAGACAUCACCCGAGCGACAUUCUUAGACAGGGCUAAAAGUGUUUACGUUUUUAUAUUGUUUGUUUGUAAUUUUUUUUGUUUUUAAUUUUUCAUUUGUUUCUUUACUUUUUUUGGUAAAACUUUACACAGCUAAACAAAGGCGAGUCAACAGUUUAAAUUUGAUUGAUGAGAAUUGAUUGACGGAAGGACAGUUACGAUAGAUAGAUUGAUAGACGACAGACCGACCUAACACAAAA